AUGCCAGCCCAAGAUCAAGACAAACAAAGCAGGGAUCGCUGCGUCGACUACUUCGCGGUGACCGAUCCGCGCGACGUCAAGAGGACCAUCCACCAGACAAGGGGGGCCGCCCUCAAGAAAUCCUAUGACUGGAUCCUCCGCCAUCGCCAGUUCCAGCGUUGGCGCGACAGCAACGAUAGCCAGGUUCUUUGGAUCAAAGGCGAUCCCGGUAAAGGCAAGACUAUGCUGCUCUGUGGUAUCACCGAUGAGCUCUGCCCUGCCACGAAACUAGCAGAUCCCCAAGCCAAGACAUUCUUAUCUUUCUUUUUCUGCCAAGCCACCGUCCGCAAGCUGAGUAACGCUCAUGCCGUUCUGCGCGGAUUGAUCUAUAUGCUCGUGAAGCAGCAGCCAUUGUUUCUCUCACACGUGCAGGAGAGAUUCAAGGAUACAGGGGAGCCGCGAUUUGGGGAUACGGAAGCAUGGGCUGCAUUAUGCAAUAUGUUCUUGGAGAUCUUGCGCGACUGGAACCUGGAUAAGAUCUUCAUCAUGGUUGAUGCUCUCGACGAAUGCGUACAGGACCAAGACAAGCUCCUCCAGUUCAUUCUUCAAGAGACAAAAGAACUACCGCAUAUCAAAUGGAUCAUCUCCAGCCGGAACCAUGUCGAACAGCGCAUAAGGCUAGUGGACUCGCAAUCAAUACUGAGCCUGGAACUGCAGGAGAACACAGAUUCUGUAUCUGAGGCUAUCGGUGUUUACAUUUCCGACAGGAUAUCGAAGCUUGAAUCUCUACAGGAUAAUCCGGACCGGGAAUAUGUUCAACGGGCCCUUGAGAAGAAAGCCGAGGGAACGUUUCUCUGGGUGGCUCUCGUCGUCCAGGAACUCGAGGACGUCGACAGCUGGGAGGUGAGGCAGGUGGUCGACGAUAUACCAAAAGGGCUGGAUGAUCUGUAUGCGCGAAUGAUAGAUCAUAUCAAUGAUCCCGCCGCGCGAAGCGGAGAGUACUGUCAGCUGGUUCUCUCGGCGACCACACUGGCCUACCGGCCGCUUCAGCUACUGGAGCUAGGAGCAGUGUCCGGACUCCCAGACGUGAUCGCCGGCAACGCUAAGAAUAUGGAGAAGAUUGUCAAGAAGAGCGGCUCCUUCCUCACGGUCCGCGACAAGACAGUCUAUUUUGUGCAUCAAUCUGCCAAGGACUAUCUGAUGGAGAAGGGUGGCCUGAGCAUAUUCCCCUCUGGUCCUGCGGCUGCCCACCACCGAAUGUUUACACAGUCACUGUGUAUCUUGAAGAGUACAUUACGGCGCGAUAUGUAUAAUAUGGGCGCUCUAGGUACUCCUAUCAACGAGGUCAAGCAGCCUGAGCCAGAUCCGCUCGCAGCAGGGCGUUAUUCAUGUGUCUACUGGGUGGACCAUCUCGAACAAGCUGGAUCAUACGAAGAACUUCAGGACACUGGAACCGUCGACACAUUCCUCCGAACUCGAUGUCUCUACUGGCUCGAGGCACUGAGUCUUCUUCGAAGCGUAACGGAUGGGGUAAUGUCGAUACAGAAACUCGGGGUUCUGCUACAGGUAUGGGUUCGUUUCUAG